AUGCCGAAAAAGUAAGUCAAAUUAGACUUGUUAGGGACUGUGAGCCCCCUUUUUCUCCCCCGGAAUACCGUAUAAUCCGACUUUUGGCAUGAAAUGUGGAAAUUGGGGCCUUGUUUCUGCUCACAAGUUGUUUGUCCGGCCCCUCCCACCGGCACUGUCCCCCAGCGAAAACAGGGUGGUUUCCGCGAAAACAAACGUGACUUUUUGACGUCAAGCAGUUCCAUGCCCCCCAACUUGGCCCGGAAAACACGGUCUCUACGUUCUCCACUUGCAUGGCCAUUAAUUUUCCGAAAGGCGUUCGUUUCUCUUUAUUUUCCCCGAGGCACACAUGUUUUGUAUACGAUGGAUUGUUGUUGAGGAUUGUGCCCACUUAUUUACAUUGAGUGCGGCUGUCAUUGGGACUAUUGGGAGCGGAAUUUUGCUGAUAAUCGGUCCUGCAGAAUGUUUGGACGGCAAUUUUAGGAUUUUGGGAUAUUAUACUAGGUAAUUAGAUGUUUUUGCUUCAAAAUCUCGGGAUUUCCAGUUAAUCCUUCUAUAACUUCCUCUAAAUACCCUUUAUCUUUCAACUGUUUCCUAUUUUCAUCAGAAAAAUCGCGAUUUUUAGCCUAAUUUGACCACACUUCGCUUUGUCCAAAAAAUCCGUCAUCCUGACACAUUUAAUUCGCCCCAAGAAAUUUUCCUGGUUCUUUUCUUAUUCUUCCCAGCGCAGCUAUUAUCUGAUAUCUAAUUCCUAUACUUUAAUUACUCAGUAAGGCCUGUUUUUUCCAGUCAUGAUGACUGUUUUUCUGGAGGUUCCGAAAUUUUUUCUUUUUACCUCAAUUUUCUCGUGAGUUACCUAAUUUCACGUUGGUUUUCUUGGAGAAUCCUUAUUAUUUUGUCGAUUUUCGAGGUCUACUGUUUUCUUAGCGGGUUUCAGACGUCUGGAUUUAAAUUUUCGAUAUUAUACUUGACCUCAGCCCUAAAAUUGCCGCGUUUCCUCGAUUUUCAUCGGUAUAAAAGGUCAUUUUCGGUCUCCCUAGACUAUGAAUUCCUUCUUCUUCGACUAGUAACCGCUAGAAAUUGUAAAAAUUGUUUGUCUAUUACAAAAAAAUAUUUCCCCCCAAAGGUCGCCAGAUUUACCUAAAAUAAGGUGAUUUAGACCUGAUGCUGUCUCCCAAAAGUGUUGACCGCCUUCAGAAGGGGUAUGCCUAAUUUGUAAAGGCGAAUUUAAUUUGAUUUUGAGUAAUUUCCACCUCAACUUCUUCGAUCGGAGAAAUGUGGGCGGAGCUUAUCACUGUUAUCAGCGAGGGUUUCAAAGUCCAUCGUUUAUAAUAAAAAGAUAAACUCGACGAUCUUCUAAUUGUUUUAUGGGUGUUGGUGGGCUGUUUAUAGGAGGGGAUUACUCGUUUUUUCCGGUAAUUGGAUAUUGUUUUAGGUUGGAGGGAAAUUAUAGGUAAUUUAUUCCUCUGCAAGGGUUUUCUUGUUUGUUUUUUGCCGGAAAUAGAUCUGGUUUGCCUUCUAGCAUCGAUUUCUGAACUUUUUUGCAAAAAAUUGCAGGAUUUCAAGGAUUUCUGUUUUCACGCCUAGUGUAAUAUAAAUUUAUUUGAAUUUCGAUGAAUCUAUGUUUUAGUGAGCUUUAUUUAUUUUCAAAACCCUUAUUUCAAACAUCUCCGCUGUGGUAGUCCAGAUCAUUUCCGAUUUUUUGGCAAUUUUUGACCUUAUGCCUAGUGUAAUAUAAAUUUUGUCCAAUUUGCCCGGAUUUUCGUAUGAUUUCUAGACGCCUUUGUGUUUUGGACGUAAUCAAGGCUUGGAGUGUCGUUUCCUUGCAUAAGACGUCGCUGAAUUCGUUUUUAUCAAUUUUUUUGAUUAGUUUUGACCCAAAAAAAGCUUUCGAAAAAAUUUGAGCCGCCUAGGUUACGAUUAUCGAAUACAGCUGAAGUCUGAUUCAUUUGAUCUCCACAGAUAUUGUUAAAGUUACGAUUCGUGAUUCCGCUGUUAAAUUUGCGUUUCCGCAGUAAAAUUGCUGAUUUCCAGUGCACUUUGGGACGAUUUUAAUAUUUUCUCCCGGAAAUUAUAACAGAACAGAUCUGCCAGUAUGGUAAAGGACGCAUCUUCUUCGCUCUGGGUCGUCCCAUUGAAUGUGGGAAGUCGGUCAGUCGAUUUUUGUUUUUGAAAUUUUUAUUUCUUUUAUGUUAUACUAGGGCUUCAAGAAUAAGGUCAGAACUUGAAGCUCAACCGUCAGACUGCGAUGCUGUUUAUCGCAAUUAAAGGUCAAGGCGUUACAAGGCACCUCUGAAAGUUCGGCAUCGCAUUUUGCAGAAAUUAUCGAGAUAUUUGGGUUGAAAGUAGAGGAUGCCAUCUAAGUGGCUUGUCCAAAUUUUGAACCUAAAUAUCUCGGUUGUUUUUGCAGAAUGCGAUCUGAAAUUUUCAGAGAUGUUUUGUGACAUCCUGACCUUUGAUUGAGUUGAACAACAACGCAGUCUGAGGGUUGAGCUUUGAGCCGUGACCUUAUUCAUGGACCUGAGUUGUGGUGUAUUUUGUUACGCUUAGUGUCCCUUAUUUCGCUGUAAAAUGCAUGUUAUGUUGUUGCAAAAGAUAUGGAGUUGUAUAUCAGGCUUGCUCUCAAAGUCCAAUUCCAGUUUCGAUUCCUCUCUUUGCAGCUUUCUGUUAUCAUUUGUUUAUCAUACCUUCUGUUAUCGAAUUCCACGUGGAUGUCAAUCCGAUGCGUAAUUUGGUUGUCACGCCAUGUUUCAUUAGCCUCGGCGGGGCGGAGAGCACCCUCUUUAAAAGGCAUGUUUGAUCAAAGUCUUGACUACAUUUACAUUUUAUUUGGCAGCGAAGAGGUCGGGGGUCAUGGAUAAGAUAAAAACUUAUGUUUUUUGGCCUUGUUUAUCGUAUUAGAGCUGCUUAUGAAAAAAGUGAGCCGCUGCAAAGACGAAAAUUCAGAUUUUUUGAAAUUUGGUUGUCAUGGAUAAUAUAAAAAUUUCAAAUUUUUGCUGAAUUUUAGUUUUCAAACGUUUGUUGGGGCACUUGAAAAGCUAUUUAUUAUGCUUUUCUGGGAUUAAUUACUAUCUUUUUAGUCGAAUUAUUACAUUAAACUUUAUGAACAAUAUAAAUUUUCGGCUUUUUACCUGCCUGAAACUGAUAGUUUAGGUUAAUAGAAGGUGUAAUAGACCAGUGAAACAUAAAUUUUGAACACUCAGGCCAUAAAAAUUCCCUUGAAUCAUCUCCAAGCCAAUAAUUUUGUCUUCAUACAUAUUUAUUUGGCCAGAUUUCCCCACCAAGGAAACGGAAAUUUGUAUGAAAAAGACACUUGUUCACAUCAAAAGAUCUUGCGUGUUCCUUUAUGGCCAAAUCCUGUGGAAUGUCAUUGACUUUUUAUUUUUGAGACGUCUCUCGGUUUCAGCUGUCUACUUGAUGUUAGACUUGAAAUUUGGCCGAUUAAUCCGAUUUCUGAGCUUUCUCGUGGCUAACCUUUAUCCGUGUGGCUGUUCCGUCCCCCCAGGCGGUUUACCCGUCUUUACUCACCUUUUGUCGCAUCCUUUGUUAUCGUUUUAACCCAAAUUUUCUUUGGUUUUUCUCUCAGUUUGCCCACUUUUUUUUGGUGGUGGAAAGUGGAAAAAUUUGGUUGCUCAUCGAAACUGAAGUGAAUUUUGCAGGGUCGCGGACUUGUCCGAUUGGGCGACGAACAGCACACAGCAGCAGCUGGUGAACGCAUUAGCCUCGGCACCCACUUCCGUCUACUACAGCGUCGGCGCGGCAGCAACCAUCGGAGCCAUGGGAUUGUGGUGGAUGUGGUCGAAGGAGGGAAAAGUGAAGCCAAUUUUGGAUCUGAAUGCACAAACCAGAGUCCUGCCGGUAUGUUCAGCUCGUUUUUGUUUCUUUGUGUUUUGUUUUUUAGGAGGAAUUGAGUUUUCUUGGAAGAUUGGAAUAAAAUGAGGGGAAUUUUGAAAAAAUGAUCAAUGUUCGUGGUCAACAAGCGAGGAAAUUCUUCUGGAUUUUGGUUUUUUAUGAUCCCUAGGGAUUGUAGUAGUAGUGGAAACGCGUUUUACGGGGAUUCGGAGCCUUUUCGAUGUUGUCUGUAACGAUUUAGAAUCAGAGGUCAGGUGAAGUGUAAAUGGUAUCAAAAUUGAAGUCAGCUAUGGUCAGAGGUUGGAUUAGGGAUUGCAGAGGCUUUCGUUUAGCUUAUACUUUUUUCACGGAUAUUGGAACACUGAUUUUUUCUCGGAUAUUUGACCUAGGAGGUAUCAUGGUGAAGAUAAAAAGUACCAUUUAAUUGCGUAGAAUCUUUUCUAAAUUUUUGUGGUAUGUCCUUGAAGGUCUAAUCAAUACUAAGAAGUAACAAAUUGACUUUUUUGCCCUCCGGUUGAAUCAAUAUUGCUCUUUAACCUUCAAAAAUUUUCCCGGAACAUUUCUGCACGGUGCUUUUUUCCUAAAGAAGACCAUUACGCGUAAUCAAUCAUCGCACCCUAACCUUGAAAUCGCCGACUACUUAAUCAUCCCAUGAAAAAAAAAACUCGCCAUUUGUUUUUGUUCCCAAUGUAAACCUCGCCAGUAAAAGUACAGUAAAUAAGCGUAAAAACUCGAACCACCCAGGCCUGGCGUGAUUGCGGUUACGUCACAGCAAAAACAUUGGGAUUAUCAGCUUAAUCAGAGCAAAAAAUCAGAGAGUAUCAGUUUUUGGUGAGAGGUGAUGAUAUCUUUUUAUUAGACAUCAUGGUUUAUAUGAAAAUAAAGAAAUUUCUGCAGAAAUACUGAUAGAUGAAUUAAUGAAAGAGAGCUUGUUGUGAAGAGAAGUCUGUGAACAUUUUUUUGAAAUGGUGUUGGAAGGAAAUUGAGAAAUAUAUUACAAUUGACACGUUGUUUUUGUAAUUUUGAACUUUUUGAAAAUUUGAUGAUGGUUCGAACUUAAAUUUGUAUAAAAAAAGGUUGAGAAUGAAGAUAAAUAUGUAAUAAGGCUAUUGCAGCCUUAUUCUUGCUACAGUGACGGACCCGAUCCAGCGGCAAAAAACGUACCAUUUUGCAUCCGGGAAGCGUCGAAAAUGUGGCAAAAUGCUUCCCUUUCCAAGAGAAAAAACUUUGUUUUGAAGGGCGCGCUUUUGAAAUCGGAGUUUUUCACUUGGAGAGGGAAGCAUUUUGCCACAUUUUUGAUACUCCCGGAUGCAAAAUGGUACGUUUUUUUCCACUGGAUCAGAUCCCCCACUGUAUGAUUGAAACUUGAAAUUGGAGAUUUCUGGUUUAAAAUCAUGCUUUUUAUAAGAUUUUUGCUGAAUUUAUAAAAACUGACUGCUAAUUUUUCAGGAUGGCUCUCGUGUCUCGAAAUACGUGAAAAAUGACAGCCUGUUCAAGGUCCUUCAUCAGGAUGCCACCACUAUCUACGAGGCCGCUCGUCGCGGCGCCCGAAUCUCCAAAAACGGCCCAAUGUUGGGAUACCGUCAAAAGCAGCCCGAUGGAAGCGAACCCUACGUCUGGCUCCAUUACGAUGAGGUCCUCAAACGAGCAGAUGAUGUCAGCAUUGCCCUCAGAGAGUUUGGAAUCGAAGCUGGACAAGGGAGCUUCAUCGGAAUCUACUCGAAAAACAGACCUGAAUGGGUAAUUGUGGAGCAAGCGGCGUAUAAUUUCAACAAUGUUUUGGUCCCAUUGUACGAUACGUUGGGCCCGGAUGCCUGUUCAUUCAUUGUGAAUCAAGCGGAGAUCAAGAUUGUGUUCUGCGACUCGGUUGCGAAGGCUUUGGGUAAGAUUUGACAUAGUGUAAUAUAAAUUUUUUGAGUUUUGUCGGAAUAACUGUUUAUUUAGUAUAUAAUAUGGUACUCUAUGAUGUGAUAUCGAAUUUCAGGAUUGUUGAAGACUAAGGAAUCGUCUCCAACCCUCUCCGUCAUCGUUGUUUUUGACCAGGACCUUAAACCCGAACAUAUUUCCCAAGCUGAAGCACAAGGUGUCCGAUUGGUCUCCUUCGCCGAAUUCGAAGCCACUGGAGCCAAGGCGAAGCGAGUAGCCCAUCAACCACCAACUCCCGAAGAUUUAUCCACCGUAUGUUACACUAGUGGAACUACUGGUACGCCCAAGGGAGUAAUGCUGACCCAUGGCAAUGUCAUUGCUGAUGGAACCACCUUGGACUACUUUAAGAACUUUAAUGUGAGUUUAGAAAAAUUUCGAGGUUUAUAGCGGAUUUUUGAGGCUUUUAUGGAAACAUUUUUUAUUGUGCAUGAUAUCAAGUUUCUGUUUCAGGUCUCCCCCACCGAUUGCAUGAUGUCCUUCCUCCCUUUGGCCCAUAUGUUCGAACGAGUGGUCCAAUCCGUCGUCUACACCGAAGGUGGCCGCGUCGGAUUCUUCCGUGGCGAUAUCCGCGGCCUCCCCGACGACAUCAAAACCCUGAAGCCCACGGUGCUCCCGGUUGUCCCCAGAGUCCUAAACAGAAUCUACGACAAGGUCAUGCACGAAGUGAACAAGUCCAAAGUCAAGAAGGCACUGUUCGAAACGGCUCUGGCCUUCAAACAACGCGAAAUUAACAGUGGAAUCAUCAGAACGACCGGAUUCUUCGACCAAGUGGUUUUCAAGAAGAUUCGAGAUGGAAUGGGCGGCAACGUUCGUCUCAUGAUCACCGGGUCGGCCCCAUUGGCUGAAAAUGUCCUGAAUUUCUGUCGAUGCGCCUUCGGAGCGUUCGUGGUGGAGGGCUACGGACAAACGGAAUGCGUGGCCUGCGCAACGAUCACCGUCGAAGGAGACGCCGUCCCCGGCCAUGUAGGAGUACCCUCCCCAUGUUGCGCCAUCAAACUCGUCGACGUACCGGAGCUGGGAUAUCAUAGCAAAGAUCAGGCCGGAGAAGUGUGCAUCCGAGGCCCAAAUGUCUUCAAAGGAUAUUAUAAGAACGAGGAACAGACCAAGGAGACGUUGGAUGAGGAUGGAUGGCUCCACACUGGAGAUAUUGGACGCUGGACGGAAAGAGGAACGUUGAAAAUUGUGGACAGAAAGAAGCAUAUCUUCAAAUUGGCACAGGUAAGGAUUUGAGAGAAUUUUUGAUUGUUUUUUGAUGGAAAAUGUGAGAGUUCAGGAAGGAUUAGGGAAGUUUAGAGGUCGUUUAGAGUGCCCUCUGUGGGCUGGGUGUAAUUUUCCAAUUUUUUUGAACCUUUGAUUUGAGAAAUUAAGAAUUUUUUGAUAAUUUUUUGUAUUUGGUGCCAAAUUUUGCGAUUUUUUUCAAAUUUUUGUCAUUUUCAGGGAGAAUACGUUGCACCCGAGAAGAUUGAGAACAUUUACAGCCGCUCCAAGUUUGUUGCCCAAAGCUUUGUGCACGGCGAAUCCCUGAAAACCUGCCUUAUCGCCAUCAUCGUACCGGAUUCGGACGUCCUCCCAAAAGAAGCGGAGCAAACCCUCGGCAUGACGGGCUUCUCCAUGGCCGAACUGUGCGCCAACAGAGACGUGAAGAAGAUGAUCCUGGAUGACAUGCUCAAAAUCGGCAAAGAGUCGGGAUUGUUCAGCUUCGAGCAGGUGAAGGAUAUCCACCUUUGCGCUGAGCCCUUCUCCGUCGAAAAUGGCCUCCUGACCCCGACGCUGAAGUCGAAACGACCCCAAUUGAAGGUGCAUUUCAAACCCCAGAUCGAGGACAUGUAUUCCAGAUUGGAAUAG